GCCCUCACACAUUGUGUUUCAGAGGAAAAUCAGUGAAAAAAGCUGAAGUCAUGUAAGGACCAUGUUGGGAUCAUGUCAGUGAUAUAUAUGUAGAAAUUAACAGAAACAACAGAUGUAUAGACGAAAAUAACCUCAAAAGAAGGAGCGUUGUGCAGCGUCCGCUCUUUUCAAGAAGAGCGUGAAGAACAUAGUGUUACAUAUUUAUAAUUUUCUUCUGGUUGUGUGUCUCAUAACAAAUAGCCGAACUGGACGGGCCUGGGGAAAGAAUACGGUUUCCCUACAACAACAUGCCAGUACAUCCCGUGCCGAGUCCGGUGGGGAUGGACCACAGAGAACUGGGAGGGCCAUAUCUCAAUCAUGAUCAUAUGAAGAAUUUUGAGCCAAAAAUGAGGCAUACCCCCUUUGUUAGCCAGCCGGACUACAGAAUCUACGAAUUAAAUAAACGUCUUCAGCAAAGGACAGAGGUGCAGGAGAGUGAUAAUUUAUGGUGGGAUGCGUUUGCAUCAGAAUUUUUUGAAGACGAUGCCAGUUUAACGUUAUCAUUCUGUCUUGAAGAUGGACCAAAAAGAUACGCAAUUGGUAGGACGCUUAUACCUCGCUAUUUUCGAAGUAUAUUUGAAGGGGGAGUGACUGAUUUGUAUUAUAUUCUUAAGCACCCUAAGGAGUCUUUUCAUAACACAACAAUUACGUUAGAUUGUGAUCAAGCAACCAUGAUAACGCAUCAUGGUAAACCUAUGUUUACAAAGGUUUGUACAGAAGGACGAUUAGUUUUGGAGUUCACAUUUGAUGACCUAAUGAGAAUACGUUCCUGGCAUUUUGCAAUACGACAACACAGGGAAUUGAUACCACGGAGCGUCAUAGCAAUGCAGUAUCACUCACAAGACCCUCAAAUGCUAGAACAGCUAUCCAAGAACAUCACCAGGCAGGGACUUACCAACCAAACUUUAAAUUAUCUCCGGUACCACACACAGGAUCCUCACAUGUUAGAGCACAUGUCCAAAAAUGUGACCAGACUUGGUUUCACAAACUACACUCUAAACUACCUCCGGUUGUGUGUGAUAUUAGAACCAAUGCAAGAGUUGAUGUCAAGGCAUAAAGCUUACAGCCUUAGUCCUAGAGAUUGUCUUAAAACGACACUCUUCCAGAAAUGGCAAAGAAUGGUUGCACCACCAGAUAAUUUGCAAGACUUUUCGCCGGGUGACACUUACAUAGCAAAAGGAAAACACAAAAUGAGAGAGAACAGUCGACCACCGAGUAAAAGGAGAAAGCGAAAGUCAUCAGCAACGAGUGGCAGCACUCCCUCGGGUAACAACAUGCCACCUCAUUCUGCUUCGAAUCAAGGCGCAGGCGGGAAGAAGAAUAAGUCACCGGGCAACUUCCCCCUCACCUCUCAGGNUGAGAGUGUUUCCACUUUCUAGCAGGACGUCAUGGUCGUAGGGGAGCCCUCACUGAUGGGCGGUGAGUUUGGUGAAGAAGACGAACGGCUAAUCACCAGACUACAGAAUACCCAGUAUGAUGCAACCAAUGGCAUAGAUGGUGACGAAGAGUUUGAAAACUCAAAUCAAAGUCCCUGGAACUCUGAACAGAAAGUACCCACAACGGUGUCGGCCCCUACUCCACAAGAUCAAGAAAAAACAAGCGCCGCAACAGAGUGAAACAACACACACUGAAAGUUUCCCCUUUUUUUUAUAAUAAAAAGAAAUGUUGCAAGAAUGGUUCUGCACACUCAGGAAGAUGAACGUUUCAAAGUAAAUUGAAUGUAUUAUUUUUUAGUUUCUAGGGAGGGAGAAUAUCUUUGGAACUUUACAUUUAAAGUAAACUGUUGAGGCAGUGGUUAUGAAAACAGUGUGGGUGCAGAUUGUGGUGCCUGAGGGGACUAUUGCAUAUUUUUUUAAAGUAUUUAAAUGGACAAAUAUUACUUUUUGUCACUUUAUAUCUUCAUGUACAUAUUUCUUAAAAGAAAGAGCUUAAAAACAAAAAACUAGGUUGUCUGGAUAGUGGUAGUGAAAAUGAAGAGGAUUUGAAGUUGUUUUCGAUGUUACUGUUGAAUUGAUCUUAUGUUUUACCCCACUCUAUUAAACAGUUCAUUCAAGUAAGAGUUGUUGGGUGAUUCCAUACUGUGUUAUCUUUGAGGGAUUGAAGAGAGAGGGGGAGGGGAGGGGAGGGGGAUUGUUCUAUAGCCAGCUGGAUAUAUUAAUAAAAUAAAUUUUGUGUGCAAUUAUAACAGAAUUAAAGCCAGAUUGGUUCUUGUGCAGGCAGGGUUAAGCAGUGCAGGCGGGCAACAUUAAUUAAUGCUGAUACUAUUUAUUAUAAAUCGGUUCCAGUAUUAUCUGUUUAUCAAAUAUCUACCUUUAAUACAGUGUGGGAAAUUUUGUUUCAACUUCCAUUUAGUGUACCAUAUUUCAGGAUGACUGUGUUUAUUACAAGUAUCGCAAACAGUGUAGUCAUGCAUGGAUACGUCACUCAACGACUUCAUGACAGUGUUGUCAGUUGGAAAUGCACAAGAUGCAACUUUACAAAAGACUCAUUUUUUUGUGACUUCCCACAGUUAUCUUUGCUUUUUGGGCUUGUUAAUUUAUGAAAAUUCUUGCCAACAACCAAGAAUAGUUUUUUUCUUAUGCAUAAAUGGAACUUGUACAAUAUACAAAUUUGAAAGCACAUAUAUACAUUAUAUCCGCGACCUCUACAAGUCAUGGGAGAGGUCUGAGUGUUUAGUACAGAUGUCACAGUUAAUGUAAACUGCUUUUAUUUUCAAAAGACAAGUUUUUACAAAUUGUGUCUUUUGUGGGGAUCUUUGCCCAAUUGCCAAGGGUUUACAAGAAUGCUACUGUGAUGCGACUCGCCAACAAAUGUAUAUUUAGAGGUUUGAAACUGAUGCCGUAAAUUAAUUUUCAUAAAACAGACUUGAAAACUGGAGCUGAAUGCCCGUUUUCUGGGAAAAUAUCGACUACCGGGUACUGGUAAAUUCUGAUCAAUAUACUGAUAAUUUAGAAACUGUUGAUGCAGUGACAGAAGCCUAGAGUAAAAUUGCAUGUUAUAUGCAGAAUCUUUAAAAUAUUGAUCAGUCAUAAUUCAUUUUGGAGAAAUUCCCCAAAAGUAAUAGUGUCACAAGUUAACAUGUACUACAGUAGCAAUAUGCUGGCAGUUAGAUGGUUUGAUACACUCUGAUCUAAUAAAGAUAAUUUGGAAAAAGUAUAUUACACUUCUAUCUUACACUAGUUUAAUUGCUACUAUGACAAACAAAAAAAUAAUUUAGAUUCUGGAAAAUGCUGGUCUAUUUUCUGUCAAAAUGUAUUUAAUUUCACUACUCUGUUACUAAUUUGCAUUUUGACUGUCCUACCACAUAAUUGUUUUUUUUUUUCUUCUCAGAACAGCCAGUCAACUCUCUGUAAUAGUACAUUUGUAGAGAUGCAUUGAUUGGUUCUUAUUAGUAAAUUAAUAGCUUUAUCAGUGUUUUCUUUCCCUAUUUAAAUUUGGUUAUAUUAUUCCUGUACUUUUUGCAACCUGUUUGAAAGAUUUCAAUGUGUAUUUGUAACAGUAUUUUUGUACAUACUUUUAUGGCUAUACUUUGUUUACGCUGCCCUUGGAGAUAAAUCAGACAUGAAUUAUUUGUAUACCAUGAUUGAAAGUCCUGGAAUUCAAUUUGAAAAAAAAAAGUUAUUUUCCAAAAAUUUAGCAAUUGUCUUGUUUAGCUGUAGCUGUGCUGUAAUAUAUUGCAUUAUUGUUGAAAAAUCGUAUUCAUUUGCGUAUGUAGAGGGCAUGUUUCAAAGUCAAUAAAAAGUAUAAAAAAAAAUUGUGAAACAUUUUCUCAAAAAUA